AUGGAGGAGGAGGACAACAAUUCUAGUGAGAUUGACGUUCCAUUGGGUGAUGCUUCGACUAAAGGCAGUAAGGUUGAUUCAGAACUUGUAAUGGAUUAUAGUAAUGAAUUUGUUACUCAUGAGAUUUUCAAGAGUCGAGAUGAGUUAAUUCGAUGGGCACGUCAAGUUGGAAGAAAAAAUGGAUUCGUUAUUGUCGUGCAGAAAUCAGAUGGGGGUGGUAUUCGAGGUAGGAAGCCAAGACUUAGCUUAGCUUGUGAGAGGAGUGGAUCUUAUAGGGACACUCGAAAAAACAGCAGGCCUAAGACAAAAAAAGCAAGACUGACUGAAUAUCUUGAAGGUCAUUCUUAUGCUGGAAGGUUGUCACAUGAGGAAACCUCUUUGUUGGUAGACAUGUCGAAGAGUAUGGUACGACCGAGUGAGAUAUUGGUUACAUUGAAACAACGUGAUGAUGCAAAUGCUUCCACAAUGAAGACAAUUUACAAUGCACGUCAUAGGUAUAAAGUUGCUGAGAAAGCUGGGAGAUCUCAAAUGCAACAACUAUUAGGUCAGUUAGCGAUGAACAAGUACAUUGAGUGGCAUGGGAGCUGUGCAGAUACUGAGACAGUGACUGAUUUGUUCUUUGCACAUCCUACUAGUUUGAAUUUGUUACUUGCAUUUCCAAAAGUAUUGUUGAUGGAUUGUACUUAUAAGACCAAUCGAUAUCGGUUGCCCCUUCUGGAGAUUGUAGGUGUGGCAUCGACAGACAUGACCUUUUCAGUUGCAUUUGCAUACGUUCAGUAUGAGAAGGAGGAUAACUAUACAUGGGCACUUGGUCUUUUGCGUAGUGUCAUGGAUGAAAAUACUCUUCCGUCUGUUAUUGUCACAGAUAGAGAAUUGGCCCUUAUGAAUGCCAUAUGUACUGUGUUUCCUGCAACUACAAAUUUGUUGUGUAGAUGGCAUAUUGGAAAAAAUGUGCUUGCCAAUUACAAAAAGAUGUUUGAGACCAAGGAUAAAUGGGAAAUGUUUAUAAUGAGUUGGAAUAUGUUGGUUAUGUCAUCGUCUGAAAAAGUAUACAUGCAACGACUGUCUUUGUUAUAUAGUGAGUUCAGUACUUAUCAAGAUGCACUUCAUUAUGUUACCUCAUCUUGGUUGGAUACAUACAAGUCAAAAUUUGUGGCUGCUUGGACUGACACAUUUAUGCACUUUGGAAAUUUUACAACAAAUAGGGUUGAGAGUUCACAUGCAAAACUUAAAAGAUAUCUUGGAUCAAGUCAAGGAAAUUUUGAGUCGAAUUGGACAAGGAUACACAAUUUACUUGAGUUGCAACAUAGUGAAAUAAAAUCAUCAUUUGAGAAAAGCAAGUUAAUUGUGCAACAUGAUUUCAAACCUGCGCAGUUUAAGGAGCUUCGUGGUAAUGUCUCAAUUACUGUAUUAGAGAUCAUAUUGGCUGAGUCUAAACGAGCAUCUUCUGUUGGUAUUGAUAUUACGGCAUGUGGAUGUGUUGUUCGACGUACUCACGGUUUGCCAUAUGCACAUGAGAUAGCAAAUUACAUGAGGAAAAAUAGGCCAAUUCCCCUCUCUUCGGUUUGUACAUAUUGGACUAAGCUUGAUAUGUUGAGUACCCCACACACUGUAAGUGAAGAGUGGACUUGUACACCUGAGUUAGAAUUGUUUGCCAAACGAUUUGAGGAAGUGGAUCCAGAUAUGAAGAGGUUCUUGUUACAAAAAUUGAGGGAGUUAGCCAAACCUGAUUGUACAUUUUUGAUUGAGCCGGAAGUAAAGUCUAAUCCACAGGGUCGGCCAAAAUUAAAGAUUGAGACCUCCACUCGUCGUGAGCCAUCUGCGUUUGAAAUAGUUGCUUCAGCACAAGAUAGUCAUCCACCCGGAGUCAUUGCCAAGGCGAGUGUAACAACAAAAAAGGUUCACCGGCUUCGAUCAUUGAAUCCAAAUUGCUUUUUAGAGGCAUUCCCUUCUGAAUUGAGACGAUAUAUUAAAUACGUUAAGGAUGUUGUAGCAGAUAGCAAUUGUGGGUUUCGAGCUAUUGCUGGUUUGAUGGGUUUUGGAGAAGAAGGAUGGUUACAACUCAUUUUGGAGCCUGGUCAUCCUAUUCCACCCAUAGCAACUAACUGGCGGAGGUACCAUGACCCUUGUGCAGUAGGCUGGGACGUUGCAUACAGUUCCAGAGUGCAACAUUUCAAAUCACUCAUCAAUCUAGAUGUAGCCACAAUCGAAACAGUGAACCUGGAUGAGGACUAA